UGGCCCAUCAUGUAGGUGCAGCAGAGCCUUCCCUUCCAUUGCAAUUGGGAAAAAAAUUACUUUGCAAUCUGUUUUGCAAGGUGUGCAAUUGCACCGCCCCUCUCUGCAAAGAGAUCUGCUGCAGCAAGUCAGAAAAACUCCAGUUGCAUGAAGAUUGAGCGCUUGCAGUUUGCAUCUUUGUUGCAAAACUAGCUACAGAAGAGAGGCAAGGCAAAGUCUUUUGUGCUCCCCUCCCCCAUCAAAGCAAAGGGGAAAAUGUCUCAGCCGAGAGGCAAGAAGAGAAACCCUGGGCUGAAAAUUCCUAAAGAAGCGUUUGAACAACCACAGACAAGCUCUACGCCCCCUAGAGAUUUAGACUCCAAAGCCUGCAUCUCUAUUGGCGAGAAGAACUUUGAAGUGAAGGCCGAUGACCUGGAACCGAUCUCUGAACUGGGCCGAGGUGCGUACGGGGUGGUGGAGAAGAUGCGGCACAUGCCUAGCGCACAGAUCAUGGCGGUGAAGCGGAUCCGAGCCACAGUGAAUAGCCAGGAGCAGAAGAGGUUACUGAUGGACUUGGACAUCUCCAUGAGGACGGUAGACUGCCACUUCACAGUCACUUUCUAUGGUGCGCUCUUUCGAGAGGGAGAUGUGUGGAUUUGCAUGGAGCUGAUGGAUACCUCAUUGGACAAAUUCUACAAACAUGUCAUUGACAAAGGCCUGACGAUUCCUGAAGACAUCUUAGGGAAAAUAGCCGUCUCUAUUGUAAAAGCACUAGAACAUCUACAUAGUAAGCUCUCCGUAAUUCACAGAGAUGUAAAGCCCUCUAAUGUGUUGAUCAAUACACAGGGGCAGGUGAAAAUGUGCGAUUUUGGAAUUAGCGGUUACCUCGUUGACUCUGUUGCUAAAACCAUGGAUGCAGGAUGCAAGCCCUACAUGGCUCCUGAAAGAAUCAACCCAGAGCUAAACCAGAAGGGAUACAGCGUCAAAUCGGAUAUCUGGAGUCUGGGAAUCACCAUGAUCGAGCUGGCGAUCCUAAGGUUUCCGUAUGACUCCUGGGGGACGCCGUUCCAGCAGCUCAAACAGGUGGUGGAGGAGCCGUCGCCGCAGCUUCCGGCGGACAAGUUCUCAGCGGAGUUUGUCGAUUUUACCUCACAGUGCUUGAAGAAGAAUUCCAAAGAACGGCCAACAUACCCAGAGCUUAUGCAACACCCUUUCUUCACCCAGCACGAAUCCAAAGAGACAGAUGUGGCUUCUUUUGUAAAACUCAUCCUGGGAGACUGAGAAAUGGACUUGUACAUGAUUUGCCCUUCUGUGGACUGGUGGGUUUAGGGGAAGGGGUGUGCGGCGGGGCUCGGUCACGAAAGCACCAAUAGAA